CCUACGGUCACAGUGGUCCCUCUGUCUGCACAGAUGGAACCAGAGAGAGGAGACACCAUGACACUCACCCUUACAGUCCUGCUCUGUCUUGGGCUGAGUGUGGACCCCAGGACCAGAGCACAGACAGGGACCCACCCCAAACCCACCAUCUGGGCUGAUCCAGGCUUUGCAAUCCCCUGGUGGACAUCUGUGACCAUCUGGUGUCAGGGUGGCCUGGAGGCCCAGGAGUACCACCUGCAUAAAGAGGGAAAGUUAGAGACCUGGGACAGACAGAAGCCACUGGAGCCCAGGGACAAGGUCAAGUUCUUCAUCAGAUACAUGAGAGUUAUGCAUACAGGAAGAUACCACUGUAACUAUCUCAGUCCCACUGGCUGGUCAGAGUUCAGCGAACCCCUGGUGCUGGUGAUGACAGGAUUACAGAACAAACCCCAGCUCUCAGCCCUGCCCAGUCAUGUUGUGACCUCGGGAGGGAAUGUGACCCUCCAGUGUGGCUCAUGGUUAGGAUUUGACAGGUUUGUCCUGAUGAAGGAAGGAGAGCACCAGCCUUCCUGAAGCCUGGUCUCCCAGAGAGCCCCCCGUGGUGGGACCCAGGCCCUGUUCCCUGUGGGCCCCGGGAACACCAGCCUCAGAUGGAUAUUCAGAUGCUAUGGCUAUUAC